AUGGCAGACAGAAAGCAGAAGAACAGUCUUUCAGAUCUAAUAGAUGGAGUGGAAAAGGCCCACAAAGCGGAAAUUCAACUUUACAUCUCAGGUCACCUCAACCCUAGUAACCUUUACAAGCCCCCCAAAAACAGAAAGCAUAAUAUCUGGGCAAGUGGCAAAAAAUCAGCAUACAUCAUUGCAAAAAGAACCCAGUUCACAGCACCCAGGAAAUUCACUGAGGUUACCGGAAAUACAAAGUGUACUUUGGCCAACUUCAUUGAUGCCACAACAAUUCCCAUCCGAGCUAGAUCAGUGGCUCAUUCAUAUUAUCAACCUCCGUCAUUCCAGGUCAGCCCUGGUACUCCAGAAAGUGUUUCUUUAGGUACUCCUUCUUGGGAAAUACAAAGAAAGGAAACAGCUAAGACAAUGGAUGAGGAAGCUGGCGUACUUCGGAAGCCUCUUAUCAGGGAAGAGUUAGAUGUUCAAGAGCUAAAAAUGUUGAAAUAUAAACCAACUAUGAACAGUCGGCUUUGUGUCACAGAGGGGGCUAAAGAUGAAUACGAAUUCCUUCCUUCCUACUUGGCUGGUGUGACCAAAACCGACCAGUUUCACAAAUUCAUGCAAUUUCAGAAUGAUUUUAUUGCCAAGAAAGAUUUGCUGGAAAAUGACUUCAUUGGGAGCAAGUCAGUAGAGCAACAUGAAAAGAAGUUGGCACAAGAACUCCGGAACAUUUGUGAUUGCACACGUCCCCACUUUAACCGCUUGCAGGCUGUUGGUAAUGUGUUUGAAGAUAUUUGCAACAGCUCUAUGAUCUUUGGUGACAUUCUGAAAGAAGUGAAGAAUGAAUAUGAGCUUUACAUAGUGAUCCUGCUGGAUUCUCUGCCGACACUGCAGUACAGGACUCUGCAGAAUGAAGUAAAAGGUAUGGAGAAGAGGACAGUGAAGACUCAUGAAAUUGUGGAGGCCCGGCAUGAAGUCCAGUUUCUUGUGCAGAAGUCCAAACAGCUCUUAGAAAGAAAUGAAGAACUCAGAAAUGAGUUAGAAAUGGAACUGUGGGUGAGUCAGUCUGUCUCAGAAAAGCCAGCAUCUAAACAUGAAGAACCACCAAAAGUGGAGGCAUCACUUUCCAGUGGUGAGCACCUUGAAUCCCUGAGGUUAAAAAUUCUCACCAAGUGGGAGGAGAUUCAACUAAUGGAAAAAGAAAUUAAAGACACCAUGAUUUUUGCUGGCAUUGCGAGCAUCAGAGAGAAAACAGUUAAAGAACUACUGAGUGAAGCAGCAAAGCUUGAGGCAUCUAACAAGUUUCUAAGAAAGCAGAUAAAGGAUGUUGAAAACAAUAUCAGUGGUAUGCUAAGAAGGCAGAAGAUUACUCCAGAGAAUCAGCAGUAA